AUGGCUUUAACUCAGUCGUCGUCGUCGUCGUCGUCGUCGUCGUUGUUCUCUACAUCUGGACCAUAUGGUGCGUGCAAGAAGUUUCCGGCUUUAAAUCGGACCUUACCUCGGCCUCGUCGUUGGGUUCCAGAGGAGUCGAACCCCCGCCAAGAGGAUUAG